UUUUAAUAGAUUUUCUCGCUAUUCACAUCCCCUUCCCUCUCUUCAUUUUUAAUUUUUACUUCAUAACGGGCCCUUUCCCUCUCUCCUCAUUUACAUUUACAUGUGCCCCCAUCCUCCUCCCCUUAAAAAAAUUUUUUUUUGAGGGUUUUGGGCAGCGAAUCAAUUCAGGCGCUUUUCUCGCCGCUCGUUUCCCACCACCCUUUAAAUAAUUUUUUGUUGCGUUCAGCUGCGGGUCUAGGCCCUUAUUUGAGGUCCUCGCCCAUCCUCACCCAUCUAUCUCUCCCUCCUCAUUUUUAAUUUUAUCUCUCUAUCAACUCUUUUAUUUACUCUUUUCUGCCCAAAUAUGACGACUCACUCAAUUUAUUAAUCGGGCACCUAUAUUGCAAAGCUAUCGCUUAUGAAACAUUGCUCCCACCAUUUAUCCUUCAUCCUCUCUCCUGCCUUUAACAUUCCAACUUGCCAACUUGGCCAUUUUUUAGAGAUUCCGCUUUGUUGCUAAUUAAAUUACCCAAAUUAAUUAUCGGUAAUUUAUUAAAUAAAAUUUGAAACUUUUUGAGAAUUAAACAAGGUAUUGUUGUGUUUUUAAUUUUAGAUUUCCCCUCAAUCUCGCACCUUCACUCACCUAAGGAAUGUUUUUGUUAAUCUUAAAUUUUUUUGAUUUUUUUAAAAGCAAUUAAAGAGAAUGGAAGCUCCCCCAGUUUUUAUGAAAGAUUUUCAAGAUGCCCACCAAUUUUAUUGUCCAACAGAUGCUCAUUUAUCAGACAUUUCCGCAACAACAAUGAUUCCGUUUAUGGCGGCAGGUUUUGAACAACACCAACAACAACCAUCAUUACAAUUAAAUCAAGAUAAUCAACAAAUUAAUAUUAAUUCUUCCCAACUUUUUACAAAUUAUUCAGAUAUUUAUUCUCUUUGUACAACAAUGAAUCAAGAAGCUAAAGAAAAUGAAAAUUCAUCAUCUUUGAAGGGUCGAGAAAUUAAAGCUGAAUACAACAACAACAACAAUAUUAACAACAAUACAACAACUUCACUUUCUGAAUUAAUGAUGAAAGAGGUUGAUCAACAACAAAAACAGCAACAACAACAAUUAUUACAAGAACAAAUUGAAUUUAAUAAUAGUAUAGAUGGGGGCCAGUCACAAGUUUUUAACAGCUAUAACAACAUUAAUAGUAACAACAGCAGCAUUCAAAAGCCAAUGGAAGCGAAGAAUGGAGGUGAAUGCACUGCUAAUGGUACCUCAGAACAAUUGUUAAUUAUUGCGGGAAAGGAACGGCAAUCUGACAAUGCUCAAUGCGACAAGGAAGGAAUAAACGGAAGCAGCAAUACUGUUACAAACAACAUUAACAACAACAGCAAUAGUUCAACAAACAAGUCAUUUCCUCAAUCAUUAACUGAAAAUCCAAAGCAGCAGCAACAACAAAAUCAACAGCAACAACAACAAUUUCUACCUCCACCAAUUUCUGUUAUAGUUACCCAUCAACAGCAACAACAACAAAGAACUAAUAACGAAAAUAAUAAAAAUAAACAAAUGGAUGAUGAUUGUUGGAAUAUUGGAGGAGUUAAUUCUGAAAUUGGGGGGAAUGUAUCCUCAAUGCUUAUUCGAGAUGAAUUUAUUUUUCAACCUUCACAUUGUGCUGUUUCACCUCCUCCGCCUACAACAACAAGUGUUAUUGGAGGAGGAGCAGGAAGGAAUGAUGGGGGUGUUAAUGGUGUUGGUGGGAGUGCUACCGACUUUCUUUAUGAUUUGUCAGCUCCUUUACUGGAAGGUAUUAAAUGGGGAAACGGAGGGGAGAAAGACAGGCUAAAGUAUCGUGAGCCCAACGUACCGCCAAGCUAUAACUUCGUUUAA